AUGGGUAAAAAAGCAAAGAAGGAAACAGAGUCUCCACCCAAGGAUGUGUUUGAUCCUUUAUUGAUUGAAAGCAAAACACCAGCAACAGUUGUGCUAAUGCUUAGUUCUCCUGAAAAUGAAGUUUUGGCCAAAGCAUGUGAUGCUCUAUAUAAAUUUGCAUCAAAAGGUGAUGAAAACAAAGUGACACUUCUUGGUCUUGGAGCACUGGAACAUCUGUAUAAGCUUCUCUCACAUGAAGAUCCACUUGUACGCAGAAAUGCCAUCAUGGUAUUUGGCAUCAUGGCUUCUAAUAAUGAUGCGAGGAAGUUAUUGAGGGAACUGGAUGUCACAAAUUCACUUAUAUCACAGCUGGCUCCAGAAGAAGAUGUAGUUAUCCAUGAGUUUGCUACUCUUUGUUUAGCAUAUAUGGCUGUUGACUAUACUACUAAAGUAAAAAUAUUUGAGCAAGGUGGGUUAGAACCACUUAUCAGACUGCUAGGUAGCCCUGAUCCUGAUGUUACGAAGAAUUCACUUGAGUGUAUCUACCUUUUGGUACAGGAUUUUCAAAACCGUGCUGCAGUUCGGGAACUGAAUGUAAUUCCACCCUUGUUGGGACUACUGGAAUCUGAAUAUCCGGUCAUUCAGUCAUUGGCCCUUCAAACCUUAGAAGUAAUUAGCAAAGACAGGGAAACCAGGAUAUUACUGGAAGAAAAUAAGGGAUUAGAUUGCCUUCUGAAUAUACUGGAAAACAAUGAACUCAGUGAUCUUCAUAUCGAAGCUCUUGCUGUGUUGGGAAAUUGCCUAGAAGAUGUGCAUUCUCUGCAACAGAUUCAGCUGACAGGAGGCCUUAAAAAACUAAUUUCAUUUUUAGAAGUCUCUACUGUUCCUGAUAUUCAGAAGAAUGCAGCAAAGGCAAUUACCAAGGCAGCUUAUGACCCUGAAAUACGAAAAAUCUUACAUUGGGAACAGGUUGAGAAAUUUCUCCUAAUCCUUUUGGAAACUAACAAUGAUGGAGUUGAAGUUGCUGCUUCCCAAGCCAUUUCUGCCAUGUGUGAGAAUAUAGACAGUAAAUGUGUCCUUGGACUCCAGGGGAUUCCUCAGCUAGUAAAGUUGCUAAGCAAUAAUAAUGAAGAGCUAAAAGAAGCUGUAGUGACAGCAUUAGCUAAUUUGACAACAGCCAAUCUUAGAAAUGCAAGUGUUGUAGCUCAGGCUGAAGGAAUUGUGCCAUUAAUAAACACCUUGAAGACCCAGAGGGAUGGAGCCAUUUCCAGUGCCAUUGCAGUGCUCACAAAUCUGUCCCUGCAAGAGCCCUCCCGUGCCAGUAUCCAGAGCCACGGCAUCAUGAGUGCCCUUGUGGGGCCACUGUGCUCAACCAACAGCCAAGUGCAGAGCAAAGCAGCCUUCGCCGUGGCUGCCUUUGCUUGUGAUGCUAAUGCACGAGCUGAGUUAAGAAAUGUCGGCGGGCUAGGACCACUCGUUGAAUUGCUGCAUUCUAGGAAUGAAGAUGUCAGAAGAAAUGCCUGUUGGGCUGUUAUGGUCUGUGGAAGUGAUGAAGUAACUGCAUUUGAACUGUGCAGGCUAGGUGCUUUAGACAUCCUAGAAGAAAUUAAUCUGUCCAAAAAGCGUAAAAAUAAGUUUAGUGAAGCUGCUCUGGAAACACUACUUGAUAAUAAUCUCUCCCAAAAGUACAGCAGGAUGGGAUAUUUAUCACCAAGUAAUAUCAUUACUAAUGGCUUCUAUGAUUGUGGUCAGGUAAAACAUGGAGGGAAAUUUUUGUCUUUGGAAGAACUGAGCAAGCAAGAGCUUACUGACCGUCGGGCAAUUAUCUUCAUUAAUGCUAAACCCCGAGAAAGGUGAGUCAUUGUUGUAGAAGUACAAGAAGUAUCACCAUCUGUUUCAGGAAGAAGCAGCAAAGAAAAAUCAAGUAAUUCAGUGGUAUCUCCAAUACAGGAAAAUCAGAAGUUACCUGGACAAUGGUGUUUCCUCAGCAAAAGCAGCACUAGAGAAAAAGGCUUAAAAAAAGGGAGAGGGAAAAAAGAGGAGCAAAAACCAACAGAAGUUAUUCGAGUUACAUCUACAAUCCUGGAGGAAAUAAAGCUAGAAAAUUCCCAUUGGCUACCACCACCUGACUUCGUUUUAAUGGAUUACAUUAAUGAUGCUUCCAAAAUAAUUCUACCACUAACUUCUACCCGGGAACAGGUUGUGGCUCUUGCACAGUUUGUUGCAGAAAAGAUGGGUGGCCCUAUUGAAAAAGAGGAACUACAUAAUUUCUGCUGGGAACUUGACAUGAGUGAAAUAGAAUUUGACCUGAAAAGCAACAUUGUGCCUAUCGGGACAAUCAAAAGAGGGACGUUCUAUCACAGAGCUUUACUUUUCAAGGUGAUAGCAGACAGAUUCGGCAUUGGCUGUAGUUUAGUUCGUGGCAAGUAUAACAGAUGUUGGAAUGAAGUUAAAUUGGUUGAAUACUCUCCCAAAGGGUUUCUGCUUCCUCUUCAAGACUAUGUUGUAGAUCUAAUGUUUGAACCAGGCUGUUUGCUAAAACAAGGAACUACAAAGGCUGAUCAAUACAAAUGGAUUUAA